UGCUCAAUAAACAGCAUGCCAAGGGCAACGUCAACACACUAUAAAUACCAAAAAAACUCAAAGCUUGGUUUCCUUAUAAAACCUGCUCUUCUCUUCAUCUUCGUUUUCAUAAUUAUCAAACUCAAUACACAUAAAUCACACGUACAGCUAUCUGUCAUGGAUACCUUCUACAUCUCCCAUGGAUCCCCCACGUUGUCAAUUGACGAAUCUCUUGAAGCCAGGCCUUUCUUGAAGGCCUGGAAGGAAAAAACGUUUUCUGAGAAACCAAAUGCUAUUCUCGUUAUAUCUGGCCACUGGGAGACCGAUGUUCCUACUGUUAAUUCCGUUCAACAACAUGACACCAUCCACGACUUUUAUGGCUUCCCUCAAGAAAUGUACAAGCUCAAAUAUCCAGCACCAGGAUCUCCAGAAUUGGCGAAGAAGGUGAAGAACUUGCUUACAGCUGCUGGCUUCAAACAUGUUAAAGAAGAUAAAAAACGUGGGCUUGACCAUGGUGCCUGGGUGCCGCUGAUGCUAAUGUAUCCAGAGGCCAAUAUACCAGUUUGCCAGCUUUCAGUUCAGGUGAACAAGGAUGGUGCUCAUCAUUACAACAUUGGGAAGGCAUUGGCUCCUCUCAGGGAGGAAGGCGUGCUCAUUUUUGGUUCUGGAAGUGCUGUUCAUAACCUGAGGGCUCUCCGAUUCGAUGGCAAUAGCAUUGCUACAUGGGCUUCAGAGUUCGAUACCUGGCUUAAAGAUGCUCUCCUUGAAGGAAGAUAUGAGGAUGUGACCCACUAUGAAGACAAAGCACCACAUGCCAAAAUGGCUCAUCCUUGGCCAGACCACUUUUACCCGUUGCAUGUUGCUAUGGGUGCUGCCGGCACAAAUUCAAAAGCAGAACUCAUUCACCAUAGCUGGCAAUUGGGUACUCUUUCCUAUGCCUCUUACAGGUUCAAAACAGCCUCCUAAAUUCCCAGAAAGGUGCUGCAUUCUGUAUGUUACAAGUUUCAUUGCUGUAACUGUCAAAUAAACGUAACAAUUAUUUAUGAACUCUAUGUUUGUAUGAGCAUGUUUUGAUUGAAUAAAAAGAUGAUUUCUCAA